AUGGGUAAGAACAAAGUCCGCAAUAAAAACAGAGCGAGGAAGGAAAAUACAUCUACCAGCAGCAUCAGUGGCUCCAACAUCCCCUCAACUUCGACAUCUGUGAACGAAAACGUCAAAACCAGAUCCACAAGCAGUACAGUUAAUCGGCGGCACCUACUAGCAGACCCUAUUCAAAGCAAGCUCAGCACGCCAACCACCGCCUCACUCAAGGACCCAACCACAUCCAAAACUUCCAACAGCACCUCGCCUGCUGCUCCUAUGUCGCGUAUCAAGGGUGCUCAAGAAAAACGAGAUUCGGUCAUCUCAAGUACAUGGGAAGGUCCAAAGCAGCACUCCCAACCCAAGACGAAGUCUCCGAAGCAGCCCUUGUGGGGAUUCAAGCCUGGUGGCUGGUGGCCAUGCCGUGCCCUGAAGUGGACAUACCAAUUUUUCCUGGCCUUGGUUCGGAUACACUGGACCGAUCGACAAACCCUCCAGGAUCUUGUCCUGACAUUAGUUCUGGUUGGCUUGGCUAUCGCUGGCUUCUACGUCGUACUGGAUUUUCUGCUCAGAGCUCUGCCUGGAGUCGCCGCUCAAGGCUUGGAUGGAAACUGCAGCGUCGUCUAUGUCACUGUGCCUGGGCCAAUCAUUACGGUUUCGCUCAUCGGUGCAUCGCCUACAAAUCCUGCAAGAGGUACAUACUACUUCUCCGUCAUCAACGGCACAACAGAGUGGCUCAACAGUAUCUCGCCGCCCAGUCGUUUCAGUACCCUUGUUACCCGAACUGCGGAUAUUACACCUAUCGUUUCUUCGUUGUCGACAAUAGGAACAUCUUCCUCCGGUGCUGCCACCGCAUCACCAACGCAGACGGCAACUACAUCUGCGCUGUCCAUAUUCAACCCGUCUAACCCAGAACUAGGCGCAACGUUUACGUCGUCAUUGGCCUCUGGACUCACAUCUGGAUCGUAA